CCUCAACCGUCACUUCGCUUCAUUUCUCUCCACUCCAAUUCUACUUCAUUUCUAUUUUUUUUUUUUUAUUUUAUAAAAGAGCUACUGAGCUGUACUUUUAUCCAGUCCAUCACCAGUCAUAUCCAUAUACCCUCUUAAUCAGACUAGACGAGAGAGAUAGAGAUGCCAUCUGUCUCCGAACUACAGUUCUCGCCAGAGGACUCUGUUCAAGCCAACAGCAGACAUCAGUCGUAUGCGGUCAAAGACAACUUUACAUACCAGAAUGGUUUUAUCAUUGGACUUCGUCAACUUUGGACUAUGCUCAAGCGUAACACCAUUCUACAGGUCCGCUAUAGGAGAUCCACUUUUGCACAAGUUCUCCUAGGUCCAAUCCUGUUCCUGCUUCUCCUCUGGGCCCUCCAGAAAGCAGACACAGCACGCCAACUUCGAUCAAACUACCAUCCAGAACCUUGGGUUCUGCCUGGAAUUGAUAAUUGUCAGGGUCGCACUCCAGGAGACCCUUGUAUAAAUAUCAUGUUUACGCCAGACACGUCAGAAAUUCGUGAGAUCCUUGCUACUGUUAACAACCGCAAUAAGAUCCGUGAACCAUCCGUAAACCUUGGCUUUGAGAACGCCAUUUCUGAUUUAAAUACUCUUCCACGAUCAACGCUUGGUAUGGUUCCUGUACCCAACGGCAAAUUUAUUUACGAUUACACACUUUCUCAUCCCAAUGUCACCCGAUUUGGAAUUGAGUUCUCGAUUGUACCUGGGCCACCAAAGAACUAUGUCUAUCAGACCUGGUUUAAUUUUACCAACACGGCUAAUGACACAGACCCUUUUGGCGAUUCCUUGCUCUCGUUUACUCGAGCUGUUGACGAGGCUAUCAUGCAGGUUGCAGAAGGUAGUGAUCCAAGUCUGAUAACUAUGCUUAAGGAUUUCCCACUGGUACCACCUAGGGUAGCCAGCGAUGAGGUUGUCUCUGCACUCGGAGCAAUGUUCUUUUUCUGCUCCAUGAUGAUUAUUUUCAUCUGUGUGCUUAACCAAAUUGUAGCAGAAAAGGAGCUUCAUCUGCGCCAUAGUAUGCAGAUGAUGGGUCUCAAGACACUCGUCUAUUGGUUUUCAUGGUGGCUUUCGAAUGCACUUCUUGUACUCGUUAGUGCUAUCGUUAUUUCUGGAUUUGGUAUCGCUUUUGGCUUUUCUGUCUUCAAGAACAGCAACUUUUUAGCUGUCUUGAUCACUUUCUUCCUCUUUGGUCUUUCCAUGGUAACAAUGGCAUUUUGGAUUACCACUAUGGUCAAGGCGAGUAGAACAGCCAUCCUGAUUGGAAUUUUUUUGUUCAUUAUCGGUUUGCUGUUUGAAAGUAUGGUUUUCUCCAAUCCUUUCGUGGGCUACCUCUGGUAUGACUCUGGCACGUCUCCUGCAGCGAGAUAUGUCCUUAUGUUCAUUCCCUUCUUCAAUUUUGGCAAGAUCUUUUUGGAUAUGUCUCGUUUUGCGACGGGCCGCUUCGAUGUUCUUACAGAGACUUACAUCCCUGGACCAGGCUUCUACUGGAAGGACCUUUAUAACAAGAUCCCCACAUCAUUCACUCCAACGUAUGAUGACGCCAGAACGCGUCAUCCAGACGUCCCAGCUCCUAUUCAGUCCUGGUAUUUAAUGCUCAUGAAUAUCGGCGUUUUUGCCAUUUUGACCCUAUACUUUGAUCAAGUGGUGGCAGACGACUAUGGAAAUCGACGCCAUCCACUUUUUUUCUUGGACCCAACGUUCUAUGGUUGGCAUAUAGGCAAAAAGCUCGCGACACGUGAUUGGAUUGCCGCUCAAGAGGCAGAUAAGUCCAAACGGGAUGCACGUAGGAUGAAAAUGAACAAGUCCCCAGCUGAUCUAUCUAUUGAAGAUGAAGAUGAAGACGUGAAAACAGAGAGGAAUAUGGCAUUGGACCCCAAUUAUGAUACUGCAGCCAGGAUCUGUAACCUUCAAAAGGUCUUCCAAGAAUCAAUGUUCCGGAAAAGCCCUCUUGACAAGAUUGCAGUGAAAGAUUUAUGUCUGACUUUGCAGGAAGGGAAACUAUUAGCACUCCUCGGACAGAACGGCGCUGGAAAAUCAACUACGAUGAACAUGCUUUCUGGAUUGACGAAAUCAACUGGAGGCGAUGCUGUGUUCUACGGUCUAUCGAUGAAUAACGAAAUGGCAGAAAUCCGCUCAUUGAUGGGCGUUUGUCCUCAACACGAUAUCCUGUUUGGUGAUCUUACUGCCAAAGAGCACAUUGAGCUUUAUGCUGGACUCAAAAACGUACCCAAACAUGAGAUUCCAAAGUUGACAGAAGAACGUUUGAAGGCGGUUCGACUUUGGAAGGUCAAGGACAAGCUUUCGCAUACGUAUUCCGGUGGCAUGAAGAGACGUCUGUCUAUGGUUAUCUCUACCCUUGGAGAUCCCAAAAUUAUCUUUUUGGAUGAACCAACUACAGGAAUGGACCCAACUAAUCGUCGUCAUGUGUGGUCAUUUAUUGAAAAGUUUAAACAGGGACGGAUCAUUAUUCUCACAACGCAUUCAAUGGAGGAGGCUGAUAUUUUGGGAGAUCGAAUCUGUGUGAUGGCUCACGGCCGUCUCCGAGCUAUUGGCAAUUCGAUUCAUCUCAAGAACAAAUUUGGAGCUGGCUAUCGUAUCUCGUUGGUGACUGAUCCAUCGAAUACAGCGUUAGUCAAGUCCAUCAUCGAGUCCAAAGUACCUGGCUGUAUUCUUAAGGAUGAUUCUGCAGGUGCACUCCUAUAUCAGUUCCCACCAUCGUCUAUGAGUAGCAUUCCAAAAUUGGUUCAAUGGCUUGAAGGUGCUGAUGUUGGCCCACAGGCUGUCAACCGAAAUGCUCGGGACUCAUCUGCCAACAGUGGUCGGAAUACUCCCACCGCCACUCCACCAACGGGUAGUGACAAUCAAGUUUCAAAGGGAUUCAGCACUUCAGGGAAUGCUCAGUCUCUGAUCCAUGGCUAUGGUAUUUCUCAAACAUCUUUGGAGGAAGUUUUCUUGAAGCUAAUUCGAGAUGCUAACCCAGAGGGAUAUCAGGGUUAUGAAGUCACUAAAAAGCCUGCCAAUGACAAGUCCAAGUCUGAUUCCACUCUUCGAAAUCGGGGCACAGGGCAGUAGUAGGCUUUACAAAAAAUAUACAAUGUUCAUAUAAUCCUUUAGUUUAAAAAGAGUUUAUUCAUAAAAUUACAAGUUAGUUAUAAUAAAUUAUUUUACAAAUGGG